GAAAACCCGACAACCGCCCGCUCCCCCGUAAGGCCCUCGCGACGUGCUAGUAAAUUCUCGUCACCAAAGCAGACAGCAAGAACCUAACACACUGAAAUAACCCGCGCAGAAAUCAUGCCAGGCAGAACCAGGGCAUGGAAAGUCGGGCCCGACGCUUCGUGCCCGACAUGCCGCGUGUAGCUCGCCUUGUCCUGCAGGGUUUAGCAAAUCACAGACUGGGCAUAUGUUAGGGCAGAGCAAGCUGCACGAAAAGUCUGCUGAAAACGGUUCGUGCAUCGGCCGCGGUCAUCCCACGGGCCACACUUGGGUGUGGGCGCUCCUAGGGCUUUUCUUGCACUAGGGUUCUUACUGCGACGCGCGUGCUUAUGCUCGCCUUGCAAACCCUUGCAUGCAAACGCACGCGCCCCCGGAGAGCAUGGCGCGGCACCACUGCCGCCACCGCCACCCCGACGACUGCCUGUGCGUCGCGACGAGGUUCGUGCUAGCGUUGCUGCUGUUGCUGCCGCUGCUGCUGCCGGCCCCGCACGCGCUAGCAGUAGCAGCCCCUGCUACUCCAGCAGGCCCAUCCCACCAGCACACGCGCUCGGGCCACGAUGCUGCCGCCGCGGCCGCCGGGGACGCAUCGCCACAGCGAGCCACAGGAAGCUGCAGCGAUCCGGGUCGAGGGCCGGGGCAAGCCCAGGCUGCGGCGGGGGCACAGCCGCCUGACUCAUCAACCAGGCGGGAGACGGAGGAGGAAAGAGCGGCUGUGGAAGCAGCGGCGGUAGCAGAGGUCACCGGGCCGCAGCGGCGCAGGGUCCUCGACCAGCGGGGCGCAGGAAAGGGCGAGGACGGAGGAGGGGGAGGAGGAGGACCCAAGGAAGCUGGGAAGGAGCAGGAGUACGACACGCAGUCACAGCCGCAGCCGCAGCCGCAGCCAGUGCGGCUGCCGGCGGCUGGCAUGACGGCAGGGUCGUUGUCGGGUGACCUGCUGCGGCGGAGUGAAUGGCGCAGUGGCGGCGCCGCACUGCUGCUCGUGCUGGGCUCGGCGGCGGCGGCGGCGGCGGCGGCAGCUCCGGCGGCGGCUCUGGCAGGUCAACAGCAGCAGGACGUAUCAGGUGCAGGCGCGCGUAACAAUACCAGUAGCAACAUGCAGAACAGCAGCAGUAAUCUUAACAGCAGCAGCAGCAGCAGCAGCAGUAGCAACAACGGCGACUUACUAAGGCUGCCUGAUGUGCAGCGGCCGCUGCUGGCUGUAGCAUCCGCCGCAUCCUCGGGGGCAGCAACGGCAGGAGGAGGCGGGGGAGGCGGCGGCAUCAGUGAUAGACGCUGGUCGCUGCUACAGGCUCUGCGAGUGCAGCAGGAGUGUGUGGCGGGUCGGGACCCUGUGCUACUGCCGCCGCCCGGACCGCCGCCGCCGCUGCAGCUACGCCUCACGCCCCUGGCACAGCCCCCCUCGCCACCGCCACCGCCUCCACCUACGUCGUCGACUCCACGGCUGCAGCUGCGGCGCCUGCUACAGCCACAUCCUGCUGUGGUGGACACAGCAAGCGGCACAGGCGGCCGUGGCGGCGGCGGUGGCGGCGGCCGCGGCGGUGGCGGCGGCGGCAGCACCCGUGGGGGCUUUUUCUUCCAGGCCGCUGGCUCGCCGCCGGGCGACGGACCGUACAGCAGCCCGGCAGCCGCAGCGGGUACUGCCGCGGGCGAUACUCGAAGCGGUGGUGGUGGUGGUGGUGGUGGUGGUGGUGGUGGUGGUGGUGGUGGUGGUGGUGGUGGUGGCGGAGGUGGAGGUGGCGGAGGUGGAGGUGGCGGAGGCGCAGGCGCAGCGGAUGACAGUGGUGAUGGCGGCGGUGGUGUCGGCAGGGAGGGCUCUGUGUUGCCGACCCUCGGGAUGCUCAUAUCCGCCUCCCACGUGGACAGGUGUACGGGUGCGCUGAUUAGCCGCUGUCACGUGCUCACAGCCGGCCACUGCAUCUACAGCUUCGAGGACGAGCAGCAGGGGCCAGGGGGGCAGGGGCAACAAGGGGGGCAGCAGGGGCAGGAGGCACCAGGCAACAGCGGGAGCGGGAGCGGGCGCAGUGAAGAAGGCAGCAGUAGCAACGACAGCAGCGGCAACCCGUGCACCUCGGCAGCAGCAGCAGCAGCAGCAGCAGCAGCAGCAGCAGCAGCAGCAGCAGCAGCAGCAGCAGCAGCAGCGAACAGUACCAACAGCGGCAGUAGCAACGACAGCGCCAAUGCGCCAGCAGUAGCAGCAGCUGCAGCUGCAGCAGCCGGCAAUGGCACCACAAGCAGCAACGCGACCACCUCUGCGCCUGCCGCCAACCAACCGCCGGGUAACUGCGCCGGAGGCGGUUGGGUGCGGUCGUGGGAGUUUGCGCCAGGCUGGACGGGAGAGCGGGCUCCGUACGGCGUAUACAGAUCCCGUACGGCCAUCGUACCGCCGCAACUCAUACAGCAACGCGAUCCAUCGUACGACGUGGGGAUUGUGUUUUUGGAUCGAAGCGUGCCAGCGGACGUGGGCCCCUUUUUUGAGCUGCCGGCUGUGGCGGCGGCGGCGGCGGGGUCCUUGGGAAGUGGGGGAGACGGCAAUGGUGGCGCCACCAGAAGUAGCAGCAGUGGUGGCGGCGGCGGUGGCGGUAGUGACGCGACUGGCACGGGCACUGCUCCCUCGUACAGGGUGACCUCCAUCGACGGCACGGCGGUCAUUGUCGCGACCAGCGGCAGCAGCAGCAGUAGCAGGAAUGGCAGCAGCAGCAGUAGCGGCGAUAGCAGCAGUAGCAGCGGCGGCGGACUUGGUGGUAACGCUGAUGACGGCGGGGACGGGUCGGAUGGCGAGGAUGCGGGUGGUUUCGGCGACGUCGGAGGCGGCGGUGGAGGAGGUAGCAUUGCCCGUGGCAGUAGCAAUGGCAGUAGCAGCGCUCCCCUCCUUUUGGGUGAGGACGCCCCCUGCCUCAACUACGCCGGCUAUCCCACACCCAUGCUGCUGUGGGGCCAGUACUGCAGGUACCUGACCGACCUGGACGGAGACAAUUUCGUGGAGACGAACUGCCGCGGCCGCCCGGGCGUGUCAGGAGCGCCGCUGUGGGUCUACGUGCCGCCGAAGCCGCUGGUGGUGCAACAGCAGUCCGCACCCGCGGCAACACCAGCAGCGCCCGGAGCCCCUGCCGCGCAGCCGGACGCUGGCGGCAGUAGCAGUAACAGCAGCAGUGGCAUUCCGGCAGCAAGUAAGGAUGCCAGCAACAGCAGCCAAGGACAGGCCGAGCAGCAGCGGCAGCAGCAACGGCAGCAGCUGCAGCCGCGUCAGGGGCGGCGUGUGGUGCAGGCAGUGCUAACGGCGGGAGUACCGGGUGGCCCCACAGCGGCUGUGCGGAUUGAUGCCGCAUUGGCGCAAUGGGUGGCGCAGAGGCAGCAAGAGAUGCCGUGCGCUGACUAGUGAAGAUGUGAAAGUAUUCGUUUUGGAAAGCUGGCGCGAGGGAUGGCCAUGAUUAUUUGGUUGUUCGCCGUUGGGUUGCGUCGGUUGCGGUUUAUUUGGGCCGUUGGCAUUGCUAGCCUCAU